AUGGACGACAUCCGGCGCGAGCUGAAGGACAGGCUGGGGCUGGCCGCGGACGAUGACUCGAAGAUGCGCGUCUCCAUGCUGUCGCGCCCGCAGACCCUCAUGAGCGUCAUCCUGUCGGUGGGGCUGACGGACAGCGACCCGGGCCUCGUCGCCGCGACCAGGCAGCACCUCCGCCAGUGGGUGCAGCAGCGGGAGGUCGUGGACUUUCUGGAGCAGCUGACAAUGCUGGCCGCGCCCUUUGGCGACGCCACGCCCUCACUACCGCUCCCGAAAGGCCCCGCGCCAGGCGGGCGAGCGCCCGCCGCGGCCGCGGCGGCGGUCAAGCCCCGCGCGGCGGGCGUGGAGCCGGGCGCCGGGCGUGGGUGGGGCCCGGUGCAUCCUGGGAGCGAGCUGCCCGCCGGCCCAGCGGGCCCGGUGGUGGUGGUGGAUGUUGACAUGCUGGCGGCGGUGGGCCGCGCCGCCACGCUGGCCGGCGCUGCAGCGGCCGCAGCCCGCGCUGCGGCCGUCGGGCGCUCGCAGGAGCAGGGCGGCGGCGUUCCCGGCGCGCAGCAGCUGGGGCCCGACAACAGCACCAGCAGCAUCGGGACUGGGGGCGACGGGGGAGGACGAGGUCCUGGCGCUUCGCUCACCGCGGCAACCAUCGUCGGGACGGCGGUGGGCGCUGCCCUCGGCGUGCUGGCGGUGGCGACGGCGGGCGUGGCCGCGGCACGGCGCCGUCGACGGCUCACGGGCGGGGCCUCGGAGCGCGGCAAGCCGUCAGAGGCGCCGGCGGUCCUUGCCGUCGAGGCAGGCUCGUGGCCGGAGACGCCGCGCAGCGGGCCAAGCGGCGGGGGACCCAGGCGCGCGUCGCAGCUCUCCCCAGUGCGCUACCACCGCAAGUUCCUGGCGCAGGCCGCCUGGGCCAACGCUCUGGCGCGGCAGCACGGACUGCCCUCUGCGGAGGAGGUCCUGGAGCCGAAGCUGCAGCGGCUGAGCCACUCGUCAUCCCUGGGCGCGGGGCAGCAGCCGCAGCAGGAGCAGCAGCAGCAGCAGCAGCCGUCUCCCGGUCGCAUGCCAGCCAGUGCGCUCGCUGGAGCGCUCGCGGCCGGCCUGCCGAUGCCGGCGCUGCCGGCCCUGCUGCAGCAGCGCGGCUCGGCGGGCAGCGCGGCGGGCGCGGCGCUCGGAUACGCGGAGCCGGGGACACCGGUGAGCAGCGUGCAGCUGCUGGAGCGCGGGGACAGCGUCAGCAGCGCGGCACGGCUCGCGCUGCUGGAGUCUGCGGGGGCGGACAGCGACGACGAGGAGGCGGUGGCGGCUGCGGCGGCAAUGGCGCUUGACCCCUUUGAUUCCGCGGAGCCGCGCGGCGGCGGCGGCGGUAAUAACGGCAGCGGCGGCGGUGACAGUGGAGGCAGCGCAGCGCUUCUUGCCGCGUGGUUGGAGCGGGACCCGUCGGUCCAGGCCGCUCACAGGCACGUGCAACGCAGCGUCUGCCGCGUCGCGUCGGCCUCGGCCGACACAGACAUCAUUGAGCUCACGGAGGCAAAUGUCGAGACUGUGCUGGAUGAGGUGCGCCCCUACUUGAUGGCUGAUGGCGGCAACGUGGAGUUUGUGGAGAUUGACGGCCUGGUGGUUAAGCUCAAGCUCAAGGGCGCGUGCGGCAGCUGCCCCAGCUCGCUCACCACCAUGACCAUGGGCAUCAAGCGGCGGCUCAUGGAGCGCAUCCCGGAGAUCCUUGAUGUGGAGCAGGUCACUGAGGAGUCGCAGGGCCUGGAGCUCACCUCGGAGAAUGUCGACACGGUGCUGGGUGAGAUCCGGCCGUACCUGGUGGGCACCGGCGGCGGCGGCCUGGAGCUGCAGGGCAUCGACGGCCCCAUCGUCAAGGUCAAAAUCACGGGGCCCGCGGCCAACGUGAUGACCGUGCGCGUGGCGGUGACGCAGAAGCUGCGGGAGAAGAUCCCCGGGAUUGCAGCGGCCGAGCCGCCUCCCCAGCGCAUCAGUCCCGGGGCCGUGGUCGCGGCGGCCGCCGUCUCGUUGGCGGUGUCACUCGCCGCCGUCCACAUCAGCGCCCAGCCGGGCGCCGCCGCCCUGCCCGCAGCCGCGGCGCCCGCGGCGGCGUCAGCCGCGCUGUCGUGGUGCGCGCAUCUGCCCGCAGCGCUGGCAGCGCAGCUGCAACACACUCUGGCGGCAGUCGCACACCACCUGCCCUUCCUUCCCUACUGCGGCGCGCCCGCCCUGGCGGGGCGGCCCUGGCCGGUGCUCAACGCCGCCUCCCUAUCGGCCGCGGCAGCGUGGGCGGCAGCCAACUGGACCUCAUUAGUCAGCAGCUGCCUCGCAGCUGCUGCAGCGUGGUUGCUCAAAGCCUGGGACGCACGGCGCCAGGUCGACAAGGCCAGGCUGCAGGCGCGCACGGAGGUGCGCGGCGCCCUGCAGCGCGCGCACGACGAGGCGCGUCGCCAGCUGCAGGGUGACGCGGACGCGCUGCGCCAGCUCAACGCCGCCCUGGAGCACGCCGGCCUGCGCGCCGCGCCACCGCCGCCGCAGCAGCAGCAGCAGCAGCAGCAGCAGCAGCAGCAGCAGCAGCAGCAGCAGCAGCAGCAGCAGCAGCAGCAGCAGUUGCUACCCUCGCCGCUCUCGCCGGCCCUAGGGGAGCUCCGCUCGCGCGUCGCCGCCCUGCGCGGCGCCCUCGAGGCCCGCGCGGUGGCGCAGCUCGACUUGGAGGGCCGCGCCAAUGCACAGGCGGCUGAGGAGGAGGCUUCGCGCGAGCUGGAGGCGCUGCGCCGCCAGGCGGCGGCAGCUGGUGAGCGCGCUGCCGCGCUCGAGUCAGAGCUGCGCUCCGCGUCGGCGGCGCUUGCGGCGCUGUCCGUGUCGGCGGCGGAGUCCGACGCGCCCGGCGCCGCGGCGGCGGCCGGGCUGCAGGCGGCGCGUGAGGAGGUGGCAACGCUGCGGGACCGGCUGGCAGAGGCGGAGUCGGCGGUGGCGCAGGCGCGGGUGCAGCAGCAGCAGCAGCAUGAGCAGCAGCAAGCAGAUGGAGGGACAUCUGUGGAUGGAAGCCAAUCCUUUCCCGGCCAUGCAGCUGCGACAGGCACAGGCGUGACCACGACCGUCCAGGAGGCAGCGGCCGCGGCUACCCUUCCGGAGGUCAAACGGCUCCAGGCGGCUGUGCGCGAGGCAGAAGCGGCGGCGGAGCGCGCCAGCCGCGACGCACAGGCGGUGACAGCGCAGCUGGCGGCCGCGGAGGAGCGGGCGGCGGCCGCGGAAGCGGCGGCGUCGGCGGCCGCGGAGCGCGCGCGGGCGCUGGAGGCGGGGGCGGCUGAUGCAGGGGCGGCAGCGGCGUCGUUGGAGGCCGAGCUGCGGGAGGCGAGGGCUGCGGCGGCGGCGCUGGAGGCUGGCGCGCGAGCCGCGGAAGAGGUGCGGGCGCCUGGGAUGCAGGAGGCCUUCGGGAAGGCGUGGUCCGCGCGCCUGCAGGAGCAGGGCGCGGCGCUGGCGGGGGCGCGGUCCAAGAUCCGCGCUGCACGCCUGCGUGAGGACGCGGCCUCCGCGGCGCUGUCCGAGCAGCGCGCGUCCUUGACCGCGGCGGCCGCGGCCGCCGAGGCGGCGGCGGACGACGCGCGCGGGCGGGCGGCGGCUGCGGCAGCGGCGGAGCGGGAGGCGCUGCGCAGGCUGGCGGGGACGGAGGCGUUUGCGCGCGAUGCGGCGGCCGCAAAGGCGGCGGCGGAGGCGUACGCUGCUGAUCUGCGUUUGCAGCUGGAUGCCGCCAACACGCGGCUCGCCGGCGCGGAGGCGGCGACGGAGGCGGCGCGGGCGGAGGCGGCCGCGGCGAAGGAUGCUGGAGCUGCGCUGGAACAGCGGGCGGCGCUGGCGGAAGAAGCUGCGAGGCAGCUGGCCGCAGAUGUCGCGAGCGCGCAGGCGGCGCGGGCGGAGGCGGAGGCAGCGGCGACGGAGGCGGCGGCGCGGCUGAGCGCCGCGGCCGCAGAGGCGGCACAGGCGGCGGAGGCGGGGGCGUUGCGAAGCGCAGGACGCGGCGGCUGA